UCACCACAUAUCACACAACAUGAGCACAAAUCAAAUUCUUUUUUUAAUUAAUAUAUUUAUAUUUAUAUAUUGCAGUUAAUGAGGUAUAUAGAUCGACAAAGAAAAAAUCUACAAAGACAAAAGAAACGUAAACGAAAUGCAAGUGAUUUGAAUUGUUCAUUGCUACAUGAAUUGAAAAAUGUGCCUGAUUGCAUUCAUUGUGGUGCAAGAAGAUUUGAAUAUGAACCUCCUACUUUUUGUUGUGAUAAUGGAAAAGUUAAACUUGUAUUUUCUGAAGUUCCUCCGGAGUUGGAUGAAUUGUUUACAGCCCAGUCAGAAGAAGCUAUUAAUUUCAGAAGGAAUAUUCGUGCUUAUAAUAGUAUAUUCUCAUUUACUUCGUUUGGUGUAAAAUUGGACAAAGAAUUAGCAUCUGCAAGACGGGGAGUUUAUUCUUUUCGAGCACAAGGCAUGGUUUAUCAUGAUCUUCCUGGAUUGAUCCCACAAUAUGCGUCUCCAAAAAUUUUUCAGCUAUACUUUUAUGACACACAAAGUGAGUUUGAGAACAUAAUUAACAUAAUGCAAAAUCAAGUUUUGUCAGAAGCAGUUGUACAGAUGCUCAUGAAAAUUUUAGAGAUCAACCCGUAUGCAAAAUUCUUUCGAAGAUUGAAAGAUUAUCCUUCAAUGGACAAUGUUCAACUUCAUAUUUCUAAAGAUGUCAACUUAGAUCAACGAGUAUAUAAUUCUCCACAUGCAGAUCAAGUUGCAGCUAUAUGGGUUGAGGGAAAUAAUGAAAAUAUUCCAUUGGAGCGGGAUAUUGUAGUUCAUGCUCAUUCCGGCGACAGACAUAGAAUAAAGCAUUAUUAUGGAUGUUAUGAUCAAUUGCAAUAUCCACUUCUUUUUCCAAUGGGCAAAACAGGUUGGCAUCAAAACAUUAGAAAGAUUGAUCCAGCAUCUUUGGUUCGUAACACAAAUUAUGUUUCUACUUCUACUUCAUUAGCAAGAACCAUAAUUGCAGGCGAUAUUAUCUCCAAUGAAGAACAAGAUGUAAGAGUUUUAUGGGAUACUUACUUUGAUGCAAUGUCUGAAGAUUUUAAAAGGGAUGCCAAUACUUCAAUCCGACAACGUGUUUCUAAGACAUUGCUGAGCUUAAGAGUUUUGUUACAGAGCAUGGGAAAAGAUAUAAAUUCAUAUGAUCUUCCCACAAUUCCUUCUUAUGAUGGUAAUAUAGAAAAUAAUUGUUCCAGAGAGAUACAAGAUGAGAUGUCGAUACAAAUUCCUGAGGAAGAUCAAGAUGCAGAGUUAAAGUUGAAUGAUGACCAACGGAAAGCAUUUUCUAUGAUUUUGAGUUCCAUACAGAAAGCAGAAGGUGGGAUUUUUUUCAUAGAUGGACCCGGUGGAACUGGAAAGACUUUCUUAUAUCGUGCACUAUUAGCUCAUCUUAGAUUAAGAAAACACAUAGCUCUUGCAACUGCUACAUCUGGAGUUGCUGCAGGGAUCAUGCCUGGAGGAAGAACAGCACAUUCACGCUUUAAAAUUCCUAUAAAUUCUGAUGAAGCAAGUGAAUGUUCAAUUUCAAAACAAAGUGUAGCUGCCGAGUUAUUGCGGAGAGCACAACUGAUUAUAUGGGAUGAAGCACCGAUGGCAAAAAAAUGGGCAAUUGAAAAUGUAGAUAAGUUGUUAAAAGAUGUCAUGGGGAAUGAUAAAGAUUUUGGUGGAAAAGUCAUCAUUUUUGGAGGAGAUUUCAGACAAGUAUUGCCGGUUGUUCCUAAAGCUACAGUCUACCAGACUAUAUUAGCAAGUUUGGUUAAUUCUUAUUUAUGGGGCAGAAUUAAAAAGAUCACUUUGUCCAUAAAUAUGAGAUCCAAGAAUGAUCCACAAUUCCGCAAAUUCUUACUAAGUGUUGGAAAUGGUGAAGAACCGAUGGAUGAUGAAGGUAAUAUCAAAAUUCCAGAUGAUAUGGUAAUUGAGUAUGACAAUGAAGAAAAUUCUUUGAAAAGACUUAUCGCAGCCAUUUUUCCGAGUUUAGCAAGGAAUGCAUAUUCGGCGGAGUACAUGACGAAUCGAGCAAUAUUAACGCCAAAAAAUGAGCAUGUGGAUAAGCUGAAUGAUAAGUUGAUAUCCAUGUUUCCUGGAGAAGAACAAAUUUUCAACAGUUUUGAUGAAGCUAUUGACCAGACAAACAUAAACUAUGACGUCGAUUUUUUGAACUCUUUGACUCCAAAUGGAUUACCUCCACAUAACCUUGUUGAGCCCUCUCCACAUAUCUUGCAACGCGCCUACUAUCAGUUGCGGCCGUUGCAAGAUAUUUUGGAACGAUUGGACAGGACAAGGACAAGCAAGAGCAGGAAGAAGGUGAAUGCUUUGGAUGGAAGAAUCAAAGAGUUGAUUUGGGAAUUCCAAGACUUAUUGGAAUCCCUUCUCUACCAACAGAUUCUUGGAAUUCCUUCACAAUCUCGUGCAGACCAAGUUGAUGAAGAAAUGAAAGAGAGAGUAAGGGAAUUCGGAGGCUUAUUGGAAUCUCUUCCCUCACUACCACAGAUUCUAUUUCAAAGCCCUCGUCUACACCACACAAUCCCAACAAGAAGAAGAAGGAGAAUACGGGCACAAAUUGUAUUCACUCUCAUAGCAACAAGAAGAGUACUACCACAGAUUGUAUUUCAAAGACUUCCUCCACACCACACAACCACAAGAGGAAGAAGAAGAAGAAGACUGAUGGUGCAUAAAGAGAAAGGAAGAAAAUUCAACACGCCAAGAAUCAUGAAUGGUGUUGAGGGUGAGAGAAUCAGAUUCUCCAUUGAUCUGAAAGUCCUGAAACAUCAUGUUGAUUCCUUCAUGGAGAGGCUCAAGGAUAUGGAGAAGGAAUACAUUUAUGAAGUGUACAAUAUGCCUGAAGACGACGACGUGGACCAAUCCAUUUCCUCAAGAAGUGGGACCAAGUCCAAGAUGAUUGGAUUAUCGGAUGAAUUCCAACAACUCAGAAAGGAACUUAUGGAAAGCCGUUGCUUUAACGAUUAUAUCGCACUUGUUGGGACUGCAGGCGUUGGGAAGACUGCUCUUGCUAAGGCAGUUUUUGAAGAUCCAGAAAUCUUGAGCCAUUUUGAGCAUCGCGUGUGGGUCAGAGUAGGCAGAAAAUCUCAAUUCGAUGAUGUGUCACGAGGCAUUCUAGCUCAAAUGUGUGGUAUCACACAAGGAGAUCACGAAUUAGGUGCCUACUUGGAAGAAAGAUUGGAGGGAAAGAAAAACGUCCUUGAUGGUUUCUGGGAGGGAAAGAAAUGCCUCAUUGUGCUCGAUGAUGUGUGGGAGAGACAGAUAUUGGAUUCCUUGACAAGAUCCUUUGAGAACAUCAAUGAUGGAUUAAUUAAAAUCUUGGUUACUACUCGAGACAAAAACGUAUAUUGCUCAAAGCAUGGUCCUACUCAUACAAUAUUGGUGCGGUUUUUGAAGGAAGAAGAAAGUAAGGAGCUAUUAUGCGAGAAGGUGUUUGGUGAAAAGGAUUGCCCUUUUCACCUUGACAAAGCUAUCACCAAAAUUGCAAAGAACUGUGAAGGUCUUCCUCUUAUGAUAGUCACAGUGGCUGACAUCUUAUCAAAAGCCCAGGAUACAGACCCCAAAUACUGGGAUGAUGUAGCAGAAAAGCGAAAUUCGGUCUUCACCGAUGCAUAUAAUGAGAUAUCAAAGGUACUUUUCCCAAGUUACGAUUACUUACCUCAAUAUCUUAAAAUGCCUUUUCUAUAUAUGGGAGUCUUCCCUCCGGAAUAUAACAUCCCCCUUUCCAAGAUAAUGAAUAUGUUGGCUUGUGAGGGUUGGUUUCAUAACAUAAACAAAAAGGAGUCUUUGGAGGAUUCUAUCUUCAAAUGUUUGGACCAGCUUUGCAAUUAUAGGUAUCUUGCUUUAUUCAACGAAAGGAACAUCUAUAAUUCUUGGUGGGAGUUUGGUAACCGCAAGUUUAAAGCUUGUUGGCUUCAUUCUUCGUGGCGGUACGUGUGUAGAGGAGAGGCUCGGAAGAACAAGUUUUAUCACGUCUUAAAUAAACUUGAUGAAGACUUAGAAGAUAAUGUAAAAGGUCAGCAUUGCUUGUGUCUGGAAAAUAACAUUUUAUUUAGCAUCAAAGACUUUUGCAUUUCCAUGAGAUUGAACUGUGCAUCCUCUGCACGUUCUCUUCUUUUUUUUGGUCCGUACCACCAAUAUCCAAUCCCAUUGGGUGACGAUUUCAAGUUGCUUGGCAAACUAGACGCUCUUAAUCUACGUUUGUACACUUUCCCAACAGAAAUUCUUACACUAGUCCUGCUAAAGUACCUUGCUCUAACUUGCAAUGGAGAACUCCCGACAACCAUAUCCAAACUUUUCAACCUCCGAGUCUUGAUCAUCCAUCCGCAUAGCAACAUUAGAAUUUGUAGAGCUCCAUCGUAUGUACCAAUAGAAAUAUGGGAUAUGCAAGUGUUGGAGCAUAUUGAGAUAUUGGGGAAGAGCCUUGUAGCUCCAUGUCAUUAUACUUCUUUGGAAAAACUCUCAACACUUAUAGGUGUGAAUGCCAGCAUUUCUACUAUCUUGGAACUCUCCCACAAAGUUCCUUGUAUAAGGAAAUUAGGAGUUCAAAUCGAGCUAACCCCUUACGACGAGCAUGAUGACCUCUUAAGUUGCUUUGGUUGUGUUUCAACACUUGGAAGUUUGGAGACAUUGAAAUGUAGCAUCAUAAAUCCUGUGGUUAAGUACGAUCAUGCGUUUCCUAGUUCAUUGAUGUUGCCACGUUGGUUGAAAAAAUUACAUUUGAGUGGCAUGGGUUUUUCUUGGGAAUACAUGGAUGCGAUUGGUUCUUUGCAUUCUCUUGAAGUGCUCAAAUUGCGAGCCUAUGCCUUUCGGGGUUCAAAGUGGAAAACACAACUGAGAAGUUUCUUGAAACUUAGGUUUCUUCUUAUUGAAGACAGUGAUUUGGUGCAAUGGAAACCAAGAUAUGGAAGCUUCCCUAAUCUUGUUCGCCUAAGCUUGAAACAUUGCUACAAACUAGAAGAGAUCCACUGGCCGUCUCAUUAUAUGCUCGGAACCAUUGAAGUAGUGAACUGCAAUCCUGUAGCUUUGACUUGUGCUAAGAAACUACGACCGGAUCCAGAGACUUCCAUUGAUGUCACUGCCUCGUUUUCUUUUGACGAGAAACCCGUUACUAUCAAGUUUGAAAGGCAUGGGUAUAAAAGAUGGAUCAAACGGAAAGACGGGAUGCCAUGUUCUCCAAUCCCACUCAGUCGUUGUAUUAUUACAGACAACAAAAAUGCUGCUGGAUUCUCAGGUGUUCAUGCCGCUGAUGUUUAUGAAAAAGGCUCCUUUGAUGCUACCGAGUCCGACUUUGAUGAAGAAGACUCCGUUGAUGCUACCGAGUCCGACUUUGAUGAAGAAGGCUCCUUUGAUGCUACCGAGUCCGACAACGAUGUCGAGGAUGAGGAUGCUCAAGAUGUGCCGGAGGCUGUUGAUGAGGCUGAUGAGUGA